CAUAGUCAUAAGCAUAGAUAACCUAUGAAACAAUGCAAGAGAGAGGCUCUUCGAAAGUUUUAUGCAAAUAAGUAUAGGUACGAAUAAUUUGUAAAAAAAAAAAACUGAAUUGAGCAGUUACAUACCUGAAGAAUUUUCGAUUUCAAGCCUUUGUCUAACAGUGCUUUUACUAACAGCAAUUCAACAAGUGAUUUUGUCGAUUCAUCAGGAUAUCAAUCAAUUCGAUGGAGUGAAUCGAUUCCCUCAUCAUCAAAAAUUAUCAAGAAUACAUAUUAGGUACUCAACAUGAUGGAAACUGUAUCUGAUGUGUACGAUCUCUUCUACCCUAGCCCUGUCAGCCUGAAAGAAAUCUCGUCUAUCGUAGUUGCGGCGGAUUUAUGGCGUAAAGAAAUCUGUUCUCGCCUGGAAAGUAAUAAGAAUUCGCACGAAUUACGUUUGAAGAAAAAUAUCGCGCUGGAACAUACGACUCUCAAUCUGCCAUCGGCGAUUCACAACUUAGUGGAGAGAUACGUGCACACAUUCAGAGACUCGAUUUUCUCAUGGCAGGAGUAUCAUCGGUGUCGUGUAUUCGAUCGUAGUGGUCGGAUGAAUAUUUGGAGCCGAUUCGACGAUUUCGCUUGGGACUGGGAUGGCACCAUUCACGAAGAGCGCACAGCCAAACGGAUGAUGAUGUGCGAUCGACUCACCAAAGUCGAGAAAUUCAAGAUCGCUUGUUUGUACUGCUUCGAAGAUGAUAUCAAACAGAUUUGGCCAUCUGUCCGCAAGACGAACGAGUUGAAUAUUAAAAUUGAUUUUAAUAAUCGUCCGGAACUGUACUACUGGAUAUGCUACCUUCGAAACGAAUUGCACUUGAUUCCUAAUGAGAACAAUUAUCCUAUCGACGAGUUGAUGAUUAUUAAAUCAAGUGCGCUUGAAUCUAGAUGGAGAAACCGUUCAUACGUUAUGUAUUUUUGGAAUCGUUUACCUUCUGAUAGCCAGCCACCACGACAGGCCUACUCAAAUCACAAAUGGCUGCAACUAUUCGUUAGAUUUAUCUUACCGAAACUAAACGAAUAUCAAUUGGACAUUUUCGUGGCCAAAAAUGGUUGCGAUGUGAUAGAAUCUCUGCUGACAUUUGAAUCAACACUAGCUCAUGUUCUUCCAACUUGGAUGUACAUUCGUAGCAGGGUCGAUUUAAAAGAUUUUACGCGUUUUAUUAACGGACUGCUAGAAGAAAAGUAUUUCUGUGGCGCUUAUUUUCAUUCCGAAAAAGUGUGGAAUUUGUGCAGCAAGAUAUGGAAAAGUGCUCCGCAGCAUUUCAAACGAGCGGUGUUGGAUGAUGUAUUAUAUAAUGAUCUAUUAUCUCGCAUUAGAAACACAUCGAGACUAUGGGACAAUAGAAGAAUGACGUUACUGAUCACAGUAUUGCAAGAUGCUACUUUCGAAGAGAGAAACGCAUUUUUGCAUAAAAAUUGGCUAAAUUUGAUCUUCAUCGCACAUGCCAAAGAUUUAGAUGUUAUGAUGAAAUCGUCUUUUAAAAAUGAAAAUGAAAUUACGUUAUUCAAAGAGAACGUUAUGUCGAUGUAUGAAAAUAUCGCGAAAGAUUGCGCCUUGUUGCUGAAACAGGGUUCGUUCGAAGCGUUAAAUCACCUUUUGUCUGUUUGCUGUCUCGAUGAGCGAAAAAGAAAGGAGUUUAAACGGCGAUUACUGAGUUCGAAUUAUGUCGGAGAUAAUUCUGUAUUGACAAUUAACUUAAUCGAAAACAAUAAAUUGCUGAAUGAGUUCAUCGACGAUGCUUUUCAAGAUGCUGCCGAUCUCGGCAUUGAAUUUAGAAACCAACUGAGAUCAUCUCCUGUAACCCAAAAAUGUUUACUCGAAUGUAUUCGCAAAGGAUGCUUCGUUUAUCUGAUGCAAUUCGUCGACUCUUUCGUUUUAGAUGAACGAAUCGUAAUGUCUAUGAAAAAACGAUUUUUACGAUAUUUCGAAGAGCAACUCAUUGCUGAUAAAAUUUCGAGCAUAGAUAGCCAUAAGCUGCAGGUAUUUCUUAUGUGGUUGGUGGGUAGCGAAGAUGAAGUUAUCAAAUUCAAAGAGUGGAUACCAGUUAAGGAUAUUUUUCGUACUAUGAUGCCAUAUGAGUGUAGAAUCAAAUUAAAUAAUGAUCCUAAACCGAAAUUUCCUCAGAAGGUGGAUCAUUUUUUAUCGUGGUAUUUUAAUAACGAUAAAGAAGAAAUUGACAAGUUUACAAAGCCGUUCCUGGAAAGUAGAAAACGUAAAAGAAUCGUCUAGCUAGGGUUAAUAAUUUGUUGAAACAAAAGUUACUGUUAUUUUCUAUAGCCUACUAAUUCAGCUUGUCAAAUUGAUGUACUAACCUACUUAGUUUACUUUGUUUUGUAUUUUUAUUCGCUCGUCGUAAUUGUAUUAUUGUGUUUAGGUAUUGAAUGUCAGUUGCAGGUAAUAUCCGAAUGUAUCGUUUGAAUGCUCGUAAUAAAAGUAUUCGAUAAAUUUUACCGGCGAA